AUGGCAUCCACAUUUUGGCACUCCAUGUGUGGCCACAAUGAAAACUUCACAGCUUGGAGAAAAAAUGACUUCGGUCCAUGCUUUGAGAAAAUAGCAUUAAUAAUACCAGCUCAUGUACUUCUAGCUAUAGUGAGUACAUACCAAGGAGCGCAGGUGCAUCGUAGAUUCUCCAGUACUACUUCAUCAUUAAGGAUGCCUUGGUUUGUUACACUACGACUGAUUACUAUUGUAUUGUUGCUAUUACUACCACUAGCUCAAUUGAUAGGGAUGUCCAUGGUCCUGGAGAUUCAGCCGAGUAUAGCAGACAGUGUGUAUGUAGGUGUGGUAAGUGCCAGUUGGUUGUUACAUGGUAUAUACACCUACCACCUCAAGCACAUGUAUUGGGAGACAUAUCGAGGCCCUCUGUGUGUGAUACUCCUUUAUCUCCUGACUUUUGUGUCUGAUGGUCUCCACUGCUACAGUGUCAUCAGAAUACAUAUUUAUAAUUCUCCACUUCAUAACUUAGCUGAGGAAUAUUGUGUUUACAUAACUGUUUUCUGUCAUCUUGUUUACAUUCUCACUCUCAAAUCAACUGGUGAUCGACUUGUGAGUGACAGUUAUCUUCGUCAUAGUUUAAAUAUAUCUCCCUCUGAAACUGAGCGCCUGAUGUUUCCUGGGACGACUGAUUAUGGAUCCAUUACAAGUUCACAAGGAAUGGUAACUGUUGCUGAGGACGGGUCAUCAUUUCUGUCAAAACUUACAUUCCACUGGGUACAACCUCUCAUGGUAAAAGGCUACAAAAAGUUAAUAACGUCUGCAUCUGAUGUAUACCUGCUGCCCAAUAAACUUAACACAAUGUAUUUAGAGGAAAAGUUUAUAAAAAUCCUGACAUCAUCUAGACGAGGGACAUCAUUGUAUGAUUAUGAUGAAAGCAGUGAGGAUACCCUUUUGACACCAAAUGUCUACAUCAGGCCUGGACAACAAAGAACCAGACAACAGGAAACCCCAACAUUAUUAAAGGCUUUACAUAGAGCAUUUGGGUGGGAGUAUUAUCUCCUUGGUAUUUUAAAACUGAUAGCUGAUUGUGUAGGUUUUGCUGGACCGAUGCUGCUAAAUCUGCUAGUGACAUAUAUAGAGAACAAAGAUGAGCCGGAACAGCAUGGAUACUUGUAUGCUAGUGGACUGUUGAUGUCGACUCUCAUUGGCGCUUUGUGCUCUAGUCAGUUUGAUUAUCAUUGUCGAAAUGUAGGGUUCAAAAUGAGAUGUGCAGUCAUCACUACCAUCUACCGGAAAGCAUUGUCUGUGGGCAGUGUAUCCAUCGCAAAGUUUAGUACAGGUGAAAUUGUAAACUUUAUGAGCACUGAUACAGACAGAAUGGUGAAUUUUUGUCCAAGUUUCCAUGCCAUGUGGAGUUUACCUUUCCAGAUAGGAGUAUCUCUGUAUCUCCUUUAUCUACAAGUGGGGCUAGCUUUCCUUGCUGGGCUAGGGUUUGCUCUCCUCCUUAUCCCGAUCAACAGGUGGCUUGCCAACAAGAUAGGAGAGCUGAGUAAGGAUAUGAUGGAACAGAAAGACGCCAGGGUUAAGAUGAUGAAUGAAGUCUUGUUUGGGAUGAGAAUUGUGAAGUUCUACACCUGGGAAAACCAUUUCCGUUCCGAGAUCCAGAGGCUGAGAAAUGCUGAGCUGAAGAGCUUAAAGGGACGGAAGUAUCUUGAUGCAAUGUGUGUGUAUUUUUGGGCGACUACACCUGUCCUCAUAUCUAUACUUACCUUCACUACCUACUCACUGAUGGGGAAUCCCCUGACAGCAGCCAAGGUGUUUACAAGUUUGUCUCUGUUUAUGAUGCUGAUAAGCCCCCUGAAUGCCUUCCCCUGGGUGAUAAAUGGUCUGAUGGAAGCCUGGGUCUCCUUGCGACGUGUUCAGGAAUAUGUAGCCCUCACUGACUUGGACAUGAGAAGUUAUUACAAAACAUCUGAGGAUUUAUAUAGCGCUGAAAGAAUGAUAUCCAUCAAGUCAGGCAGAUUUUCUUGGCAAAAUGAGCAGACUUUAUCCUCUGUUGCCCUUGGAACUAAAGAACUGAGAAACCAACCAGAAAAUGGCACUGGUUCCAGCCAAUCAGCACCUGGCACUGAGUCCAGCCAAUCAGCGCCUGGCACUGAGUCCAGCCAAACAGAACAUGACCCUGUGACUAGCCUAUCAGGGACACUUAAACUUAGAAAUAUUAAUAUUGAUAUAGAACAAGGUCAGUUGAUAGGAGUGAUUGGAAAGGUUGGGUCUGGAAAGAGCUCUCUGCUUCAUGCUGUUCUGGCUGAGAUGUGUCGCGAGGAGGGUCAGAUCUCAUUAAGAGAUCUUCAUAGCGGGUUUGCUCUAGUGGCUCAGGAGGCAUGGAUACAGCAUGCCACAAUACGUGACAACAUCCUGUUUGGUCAAACCUUCAACACCAAGAAGUAUGAGUCUGUGCUGGAGGCAGCAGCUCUCAAUAUGGACCUCAGGAUGCUACCAGCUGGAGACAAGACAGAAGUUGGUGAAAAUGGUGUGACAUUGAGUGGGGGUCAGAAGGCUAGAGUGUCACUGGCAAGGGCCUUGUAUCAGGAUAAAGAAAUUUACCUAUUAGAUGAUCCGUUAGCAGCAGUCGACGCCCAUGUAGCGCAACAUUUAUAUGAAAGAUGCAUUAUGGGACUGCUCAAGAACAAGACUAGAAUCCUAUGCACACAUCACACCAAAUUUCUGGGAAAAGCUGACCUUGUUGUUGUCAUGGAUGAUGGUGUUAUCACUAACAUUGGUCCUCCCUCAGAAGUGCUUGUUGACAUCAAGUUUGCAGAAAAUCAGAUGUCCGGUAAGGACAACGAUGGAAAGGAUGAGACUGACCAGUUAGAUAGUGGUCAAGAUGGGGCACUUGUUGGUGAUGAGGAGAAGGAGACUGGUGUGGUCAAACUAUCUGUGUACAAGUCAUACUGGAGAGCUGUAGGCAACUGUUUAGCACCAUCUGUACUCCUGGCUCUUCUCUUCAUGCAAGCCUCGAGAAACAUCAAUGAUUGGUGGUUGUCUUACUGGGUGUCAAACAGCAACAGUACCACCAAUGGAAACUCUGGCAACUCGUCCUGGUCCUCUUUGUCUAGUGGGGCCAGUUCUGGAUCAGAAGUCACCUUCAGUGGACUGACCCUACCUGUGGAUUCUGAUUUAGGAGUGAGUAGUAACAAUGCUACAAGCAGUGAAGAUGACAUCAGGUUUUACCUAACAGUUUAUGGUUGUUUGGCAGGAGCCAACUCACUCUUCACCCUGGCCCGCGCAUUUCUAUUUGCAUAUGGAGGGAUAUGUGCUGCAAAAAUCCUUCAUCACAAGUUGCUUGAAAAAAUCUUGCGGGCACCUAUGUCGUUUUUUGACAUCACUCCCAUAGGUCGGAUCCUGAACCGAUUUUCAUCUGAUCUCUAUGCCAUUGACGAUUCUUUGCCCUUCAUCAUGAACAUCUUCCUGGCCCAGCUCUAUGGAAUCCUUGGUACCAUAGCCAUCACAUGCUAUGGGUUGCCAUGGUUCGCCCUACUUCUCGUUCCACUUGGAGCUAUUUACUACAAAAUACAGCAAUAUUACCGCCAUACUUCUCGAGAAUUAAAGAGAAUAUCCAGCAUUACACUUUCUCCUAUGUAUGCCCACUUCUCUGAGACAGUGUCUGGACUUGUCACCAUCCGUGCCUUCAGGCAGACACCAAGAUUCCAGACAGAGAAUCUGCGUCGCCUUGACCUGAACCAGAGGGCUCAGUUUGUAGCAGGGGCUGUUGGAAGCUGGUUGGGGUUUCGUCUACAGAUGAUGGGUGUUAUCAUGGUGGCUGGGAUAGCGUUCAUCGCUGUCUUACAACAUCACUUCCAAUCAGUAAACCCAGGUCUUGUGGGUCUGGCCAUUUCCUAUGCCUUGUCCGUGACAAAUCUUUUGAGUGGUGUUGUCAAUUCCUUUACUGAGACAGAGAAACAGAUGGUCAGUGUGGAGAGAGUUCAACAGUAUCUUGAUAACAUUCCACAGGAGAGAUGGGAUGGCUCCCUAUUUGUAUCACAGACAUGGCCAGAGUCUGGGUUGAUCAAGUUUAAGGAUGUACACCUCAAGUACCGACUUGGCUUACCUGAUGCUUUGAAUGGAAUCUCCUUCAGUACAUACUCAGCGGAGAAACUUGGCAUUGUUGGGCGUACUGGGUCAGGGAAAUCUAGCCUCUUUCUGGCACUGUUUCGCAUUGUAGAAAUAAGUCAUGGAGAAAUUCAGAUUGAUGGGAUGAAUAUUCAACAUUUGGAUCUUACGGAUGUGAGACGACAUCUGGCUGUGAUUCCUCAGGACCCAUUCCUCUUUAGUGGUACCGUCAGGGAGAAUCUCGACCCCACGUCUUGUUACAGUGACGAGGAACUGUGGGGUGUCCUGGACAGAUGCCACCUUCGCCUACCUGUAGACAGACUUGGAGGACUCGAGGGGGAGGUGGCAGAAAAGGGACGGCACUUUUCUGUUGGUCAGAGGCAACUUAUGUGUCUGGCAAGGGCACUUCUUACCAAAGCAAAGGUACUUUGUAUAGAUGAAGCUACAGCCAGUGUAGAUCUGGAGACGGACAUGCUGAUACAAGAAACAAUCCGCCAGGAGUUUGUGGAGAGUACAGUGUUGACCAUUGCCCAUAGAAUCAACACCAUAAUGGACAGUGACAGGGUGUUGGUGAUGGACCAGGGUCAAGUGGCUGAACUGGACUCUCCGAGGGUCCUGCUACAAAACUCGCACUCUUUGUUUUACAAACUGGUACAUGGUGAAAGUUAACACCAAUUUAAAGUAGCUGUUUCAACAGAUCUCAUAGCCAUCAGAAAAUUAAGAUUUGAACCUGAUUAUAGAAAAGAUUUUAAAUGACACAUAUAUAGGAAAAAGGCAUUAUGCAUAUGAGAAGAUGUACAGAUUAUCAAUUAU